CUCUGUUUCCCCCCCCACCCCCUCCCCAGGAACCAAGGGCAGCAUGGCGGUGACAGGAGACUCGGAGCUCGAGUGGGCGAUCCAGACCCUGGUGAAGAAUUACGACAGAUAUUCCGGCAAAGGAUGCUGUUGCCGCAGACGGCGCGGGAUCAGCAAAUCCGAUUUCAGGAAAAUGCUCAGCCACGAACUGAACCACAUGCUGACGGACACCAAGAACAGGCAGGCGGCCGAUAAAUUGAUCUGUGACCUGGAUGAGAAUCAGGACGGGGAGAUCAACUUCGACGAAUAUUGGAACUUGAUCGGGGGCAUCGCCAGCCCCAUCUCCUGCCUGAUCCGGCAACAGGAAGAGAGCGAGAAAUUCAAGAAAUAAACGGCGGCCCGUUGAAUCAAAAGGGAAAUAAUCCACUCUAACGGGCCCCCCAUUUUCACCCCCCGUUUUUCACCCGCUAAAUUCCCCGCAUUUCAGGGCGGUUAAUCUUAAGGAUACCUCAUGUGGGGCGGGGGGGUCCCAGAAAUUAAGAGUGCUGUCAAACUGUGAAUAACACUGCAAUAAAAACCAGAACGGCUUCCAAUGUC